CCCAUCACACGUUCACGUAAUACUCCGUGAACACGCUGACUUGUUGGAAAUGCUCGAGUAUCUCAGAUCUGUCUGAUAGCGCACACUGGCUGCAGGAUCAGCGGAGGGAAGAAAGUGAAGCCAAACCAAGAAAGCACACUCCACUAUUAGACUGAGGAUUGGAUUAUUGAUUAGCACCAGUUGACUUCAUUGAAGGUUGUGUUGUGGCAGGACUUUCCCUGGCUAAAGGGCACGAGCUGCCAUGCCAUUUGGCUGCCUGACACUCGGGGAGAAGAAGGAUUACAACAAUCCCUCAGAGGUCACAGACAAAUAUGACCUCGGACAGAUCGUUAAAUCGGAGGAGUUUUGCGAGAUAUUCAGGGCGAAGGAUAGGAACACCUUGAAAAUGUACACCUGUAAAAAGUUCCACAAAAAGGACGGCAGGAAAGUGAGGAAAGCUGCCAAGAAUGAGAUAAUGAUCCUUAAGAUGCUAAAACAUCACAACAUUCUCCAGCUGGUCGACGAUUUUGAAACCAAGAAGGAGUACUUCCUUUUUCUGGAGCUUGCCACGGGCAGAGAGGUGUUUGACUGGAUCUUAGAUCAAGGAUAUUACUCUGAGAGGGACACCAGCAAUGUGAUGAGGCAGGUGUUGGAGGCCGUGGCUUACCUGCAUUCUCUGAAAAUUGUCCACAGAAAUCUUAAGCUGGAGAACUUGGUGUACUUUAAUCGUUUGAAGCACUCAAAAAUCGUCAUCAGUGACUUCCAGCUAGCAAAACUGGAGAAUGGACUCAUUAAGGAUCCAUGUGGGACUCCAGAAUAUCUGGCUCCGGAGGUGGUCGGGAGGCAGAGAUAUGGACGACCAGUGGACUGUUGGGCCAUAGGUGUCAUCAUGUACAUACUAUUGUCUGGAAACCCUCCUUUCUAUGAUGACUCUGAUGAAGAAGACCCGGACAAUCGUGACAAGAACCUUUUCCUAAAGAUUUUGUCUGGAGACUAUGAGUUUGAUUCACCAUAUUGGGAUGACAUUUCAGAUUCAGCCAAAAACUUAGUGGCAUCUUUGAUGGAGGUGGACCAAGAUCAGCGACUGACCGCUCAGGAAGCCAUUGCACAUGAAUGGAUUUCUGGAAAUGCAGCCUCCGACAAGAACAUCAAGGAUGGUGUUUGUGCACAAAUAGAAAAGAACUUUGCAAAAGCAAAGUGGAAGAAAGCUGUCAGAGUGACCACCCUCAUGAAGAGACUUCGGGCCUCCGAGCAGGGAGAUCCUGCUGCUGCAGGGGCUGCAGCUGACCCCAACACACCCGGCGACGCUGCUGGUCCGCCACCUGGCAGUAGUGGGAGCUUUGCUGCCAGUAUUAAGGCUGCUCUUAGUGAAAAGGCUCCAGACACACAGACUGCAACCAACCCUACACUCUCCCUCCCCACUGCAGCCAGACAGGCGGAGCAGCCACAGGCGCGCUGCAAUGGAGAUGUUCCCCAAAUGUUGCCGCAAAGCAAGGGAGACUAGGCACGAGAAGAGACCCUCGUCCCACAACACAUGUGCAGUAGAGCCAAUACAUUUGGCAAGAGAAAACCAUGUCAAUGCUGUUUAACUAACCCCCCCC